AUGGAGGCCGGGGCGGGGGGGCUGGGCUGGGCGGCGCUGGUGCUGCUCUUCGGCGCCUCGCUGCUCGUCGUGGCCGCCUGGCUGGUGCAGCUGGCCCGGGGCCUCUGGAGCGCCCUGCUGCUGCGCCGCCCCGCCGCCCCCCACCGCCCCGGCGCCCGCGCCCUCCUGGCCGCCCUCUUCGCCUUCCGCGCCUUCCGCCACAGCUGGCGCCGCGCCUGGCUGCGCGCCCUCAACCACCAAGCCCGCCGCCACGGGAGCUCCAUCCAGAUUACCUUUGAGGACAGCCCUCACCUGCUGCCCGAGGUCAACAUCAGUCACGUGACCUGUGCUGACCAGUCAGACCACAGCAUGGUGUUACGUUGCCACCUUUCUGCCGAUGCUGUGCAGUUCCCUGUUUUGGUCACGCAGCAGUCGCCUGCUGCUGUUUCCAUGGACACCUAUUAUGUCACCCUGGCUGUGCUGCAGGCCCAGCUGGUGGUCCGCCUGGAGGAGAUGGAGGAUGAAGGUCUCCUGGUGUCCUGGGCCUUCCAGGACAGGCCGGACUUGGACCUGGUGGUGGCCCCGAAGUUUCAGCUCCAUGAAGACAACGAUGGGAAGGUUGACCUGUCCACUGUCAAGGAUCUGAUUGAGGAUGCUGUGGUCAGCACUCAGCCGGCCAUGCUGGUGAACCUGGAGGCCUGCAUUGCUAGUGGCCAGAAGUCUUGUAACAAGCGCCUUCCGGGGUCCCCGUCCAGCGCAGCAGCAGCAGCAGCUCCCACACGCAGGCUCCUGCUCCAGCACCUGCGGGCCGUGCGCUUGGACUGCGAGGAGGCUCAAGGAAGCGGGCAGCUGUGCUGCGUGGCAGAGCUGGACAGUCCUCGGCAGCGGAAGCGGACCAAGGCGGUGCCGCCCAGCAGCUCCAGCCCCACAGGCCACGUGGAGUGGCCGGACAGACUCCUCCUGGAGCUUGGACCAGGAAGCAAAGAGCUGACACUGAGUGUGCUCGGGAACAGCAGCGCUGGCCAGGAAACCCUCUUGGGAUUUGCCACAGUCCCACUGAACUCCACCUCCCAAGAGCCACGAGGGCAGCAGCAGUACCAGCUGAAUCCCAGGGCUGGCCAAAGGCUGCCCCCUGCCGCGGCCUUGAUGGUGGAGCUGCUGUACCAGGAGUCACCAGAGCUUCAGCCGGGGCUGCGCACCAGCAUCACGCCCACCAAGAAGGUCGAGAUGGACCGCACCAUCAUGCCGGAUGGCACCAUCGUCACCACAGUCACCACCGUCCAGUCCAGGCCCAAAAUGGACUGCAAGCUCGAUUCGCCCUCAAGAUCCCCCUCAAAGGUGGAAGUGACGGAGAAAGUGACCACCGUGCUUCCGGAGAACAGCUGCCCCAGCAGCGCCUCGCCCACCAGCAGCAGAAGCAGCCACGUCUCGAAUGGCUUGGACCCUGUUGCUGAGACAGCCAUCAGGCAGCUAACGGAGGCCACCAAUCGGCCGGCCAAGAAGACGCCCACCAAGCGGAGCACCCUCAUCAUCUCCGGGGUCUCCAAGGUACCAAUUGCACAAGACGAAAUGGCUCUCUCCCUUGGCUAUGCUGCAUCCCUGGAGGCCACGCUCCGUGAAGACUCCCUUAUGGCUGGCAUGCUGGACCACACUCAGAGCACUGGGGAGCCAGAGGCCUCCUACUCGGCCCACAGGGCCAGCCAGGAGCUGGACGAGACCACCCGCUCGGACAUCUCGGAGAGACCCUCGGUGGAGGAUGUGGAAUCGGAGACUGGCUCCACGGGGGCUCUAGAGACCAGAAGCCUGAAAGACCACAAAGUGAACUUCCUGCGGAGCGGCACCAAGCUCAUCUUCCGAAGGAAGAACAAGCAGAGAGAAGUCGGCCUCAGCCAGUCCCACGACGACUUGCCAAAUGCCAGCGCGAGUUCUGCCCCCAGGAAGAAAUCCGGCAGCUUCUCCCGGCGUCUCAUCAAGCGCUUCUCCUUCAAGUCCAAGCCGAAGGCCAACGGCAGCACUUUGGCCAUGGACAAGCACUGAGCAGUGG